UUGAGACACUGCGCUGCAAUCAAAGGCUGCAGAAGCUCAUUGGUGCUGGAGGAGGAAGCAUGCGGUAGCCUUUGUAGGAUCGACUCUUUCCUGAAAGACACCAGAAGUUUUGAACAACUCAAAGGAGUUUCUUCAGUGCAUCUGACUCUUUGGUGUCUCCUACUGAAGGAUCUAGCUCGGUUUCACACUCCGCCUGAGGAUCUGCGGUUCCUCAAGAUCUAGAUCCUUCUUCAACAUCCUAGAAGCUUUCACACUUCAUUGGAGAACACUGAAGAAUCUCCUUUAAAAAGCCCAAAGAGAGAAAUCGGAUACAAUCCACAUGCCUACCACCAUGACAAACACCACCGCUGACCAAAAGGCCUCCUGCCCUCUAAUGGUCAAACCUCUGCGCCGUCGCCUGGUCAGCAAAGACGGCAGAAGCCAGACAAGAGGAAACACAAGAGGAGGCUCCAGAGAGACGUGUUUCAGUGCCCUGCGGGACCUGUGGGGCACAUGGCUGGCACUACGGUGGCGGUGGGUGGUUUUAGCUUUUUGUGGCUCAUUCCUGCUUCACUGGCUGCUGUUUGCUGUAUUAUGGUACCUGCUGGCUCGGGUCAACGGAGACCUGGAUGUCCUGGAUCAUGAUUCUCCUCCCCCUGGUCAUGUGCUGUGUGUUAAACAUGUGAAUGGGUUCACAGCCGCCUUCUCCUUCGCCCUGGAGACGCAGCUCACCAUCGGGUAUGGCACCAUGUACCCAAACGCAGACUGUCCCACCGCCAUCGCACUGCUUGCCCUGCAGAUGCUGCUGGGACUCAUGCUGGAGGCCUUCAUCACUGGUGCAUUUGUAGCCAAGUUCUCUCGGCCUCAGAAGCGAUGCGGCGGGAUCCUCUUCAGCCCUCAGGCUGUGGUUUGUGAGCAGAAAGGUCAGCGUUGUCUAAUGUUUCGAGUGUGUAACCUCCAGCCACAGCCUCUAGUGGACGUAUCCGUGAGUGCCGUCCUCUACGAAGAGCGAGACGAUCACGAACUCCACCAAACUGCUCUGGAGUUCAGCAUCGACAACCUGGGCUCCAGAUCUUGCCCUCUUUUCCUCUCCCCUCUGACCUUCUUUCACCCUCUAAAUCCAUCCACUCCUUUCAUCAACAACCCAAGCAGCCAAACACACUUUGAGCUUGUAGUGUUUCUCACUGCGACUCAGGAAAGCACAGGGUCUGGUUACCACAAGAGGACAUCUUACCUGCCUGACGAGAUCCAAUAUGGCUACUGCUUCUCCAAGGUGACGUCUGUACACCAGAACAAAACCCCAAACAUGCGCUAUUUCGACACGGUGCCCUGUCCACUCACACUGGCCAACACACACACCACUGAUACACCGGAUAAAGAGCAUGUGGUGGUUCAGCUGAAUGGAGAAGGCAGCGACCGUGUGGAGUAGAAGAAGUGCUUUAUUUUAAUGCAAGGGUGUAUGAAUUCUCCAUUCAUAAAAAAGGGCAUUUCAUUUCACAACACGACCUCCAGUGAAUGACUUAUUUAUCCCAGAAGACAAGCUCAGCUAGCUAUCAUCUGACAUGUUCGUUUGCCCUGUUAGGUACACUUCAAAAUGCUGCUAUGAAUGCAUUGAUUCAUGCGUUCAUCUUGUAGUACUGCUGAACACGCACCAUGACAGAUGUUUAAGAUUGUCUUCAUCUGCGAGAAGUGGAAUGUACAAUGUUUUAUUAUACGAAUCUUCACCCUGAUUCCACUGACAACUCAAGACCCCAGACUAAGCAUCAUGUUUGAGCCCUUACUUACUGCAUUAACUAAAUUAUUGAAGCGCUUUAUGGAGAGAUUUCCUCUUCAUCCAUAAAGUCAUUUUUAUCUAAAUGAAUUAAUGUUACUGAAAAUGUGAUUAGUUACUUUAAAAAGUGAGUAAACUCAUUGUAACGUGGAAGUACAUUGACGUAACUUAAUUUUUAUAAUUAUCCACAGUUCAUUUACUUAAUUUUAAGGCAACAAUCUUCUUUUUCUUAAGUAAGUCAAGGAGCUUACUCACUUUUUUAAAGUAAUCAACUAAUCACUUUUUACAGUGUAGAAAAGAGACAUAAACUUAAAAAACUUUAAAUGUGGUUGUCACUCCUGAGACUUUACAGUGUGUAUGUGGACAAAGAGCAUUACAAUAAUGAUGUAUUUUUGUUUGCUUCACCCUUGAUCAGAUUUUGGAUUAUUGAAGAAAAUAAGCUUGAUGAACCACAAAAACUGCAUCACCAACUUUAAAUUGUUAAAGUACUCAACAUUUAGGGUCAUUGUUUACUCACCCUCGUGUUUUCUCAAACUAAGAAAACGGCUCAUCCUUUGAGAAAUAAUACAGCACUAGUUCACCCAAACAUGACCACUCCAUUAUUAAUUACUCUCCAUUGUUUUCUUUCAAUCCUCUGAGGCCUUCGAUCGUCUUUGAAACACAAAUUAAGAUAUUUAAUAUGAAAUAUUAUCCACUAAUCCAGGGGUGUCAAACUCAGUUCCUGGACAGUUUAGUUCCCAACACACUUACCUGUAGGUUUCAAACAAGCCUGAAGGCCCGAUCAGGUGUGUUUAACUAUGGUUGGAACUAAACUGCAGAGCUGCAACCUUCCAGGAACUGAGUUUGACACCUGUGCUCUAAUCUGUAUGAUUACACUGAAGACAGCACACACCACUGAAGACAGCAGGGCUUUGUUGGAAAAGUAUCCUCUAUACCAGGUGUGGGCAAACUCGGUCCUGGAGGGCCGGUGUCCUGCAUAGUUUAGCUUCAACUCUAAUCAAACACACCUGAACACGCUAAUCAGAGUCUCCAAGAUCACUAAUUAUCAAUAAGCAGGUGUGUUUGAUCAGAGUUGGAGCUAAACUGUGCAGGACACAGGCCCUCCAGGGCCGUGUUUGCCCACCCCUGCUCUAUACAGUAUGAAUGUCAGUAGUGUGAAUGGAAUUCGGAUGUACUGCAUCUGCCAUUUUGCCAUCAUCCCAUGAUCUACACUUCGCUCCCAUUUAUAAAUUAUCUCGCGGUGCAUCAAGGGAUAGCACAGCGGCCAUCCUGUGUGCACUUCAGAAUCUCGCAUACUGUUUUACGAAUUCAAUGAAUUCGGACAUACUACUCUGCUUGCAUACUGUUUUUAGCAUACUAUAUAGUAUGGAAGCAUGCCAUUUUGGAUUUAUUUUUUGGUUCUUUUUUUCUGGACUUUGGAUAUCUCAGGAACAUUGCUGUCUAUGCAGGACGUGGGUCACAAACUCAAUCCCUGGAGGGCUGCAGCUCUGCACAGUUUUGCUCCAACCCUAAUCACAGCUGAUCCAACUAAUCAAGGUGAUCAAGACUACUAGACACUAUUAAGCAGGUGUGAGUUGGAGGUGGUUGAAGCUAAAAUCUGCAGAGCUGUGGCCCUCCAGGAAUUGAGAUUAAGAACACUGAUGAAAGAUGAAAGAGCUUUCUGAUUUCAUCUAAUAUAUCGUAAUUUACAAUCAUCCAAAGAUGAACGAAAGUCUCAGGUGAUUGAAACAAAAUGAGGGAGAGUAAUUAAUAACAGAAUAGUUAGUUUUGUGUGAACUAAACCUUUAAAGUACUGUAUAUUCAAUCAAAUCUGAGAGAUGUCUGUAACUUUAAGAGACCCUGUUGCUUCAAAACAUUCACGAAAAUGCUAAACAACAAAGAUUUACAGUAGUCAACAUUUGAAGUAGAUAAAAAUAUAUAUCUAAAUUGUCUUACAAUGAGAAUGUGUGCUGUUCAAUAGUUUUAGACAAUUUUCAUUAACCUUUUUGAUCCGCUUUUAAUGUUGACUACUGUAUAUGAAUUAAGCAGUUUAAUUCAAGCUUUCUGAAUAGACAUAACCACUUCAUUAAGAUUUUAAGCUUAUAAACAUAGCUUUUGAAUAGAGUAAACGAUGACCAGAUUUGUCUUUAAGCCUGUAAAUGUCCAACAACUUUUCAGUCUUGGUCACGCUUUAUUUUGAUGGUCCGUUUGUUGAAUAUAAGUUACAUUACAUCUACAUAUCAACUAAUUCUCAUCAGAUUAUAAGUAGACUGUUAGGUUAGGGUUGGGGUUAGAGUUUGUGUAAGUUGACAUGUACUUGCAAAGUUUCUUAUAGUCAGUUAAAUGUCUGCUGAAGGAGCAGUAUUAACAGACUGUCUACUAAUACUCAAAUGGACCAACAAAAUAAAGUGAUACCUCAGUCGUUAUUUAGAAACAUUUCCCUGAAUCUUUAAGUUAAAUAAUUUGUGAAAGUCUGACUAUAAAUAAAAUUAGACUGAAAAAAGAGGGAAAAUAAUCACAUUGAACACAAAAGAAGAUAUUUUGAAAAAUGUUGAAAACCGGUAACCAUUGACUUCCAUAGUAUUUGUUUUUCCUACAAUGGAAGUCAGUUGGUAACCAACAUUGUCCAAAAUAUCUCCAUUUGUGUUGAUAUAAAGGUUUGGAACAGCUUGAGGUUGAGUUAAUAUAUUUUUGUCUUUGUUUUGGUUUAACUUUAUUUUUAGGCGUUCAUUAAAUAUAUGGUUAUGUCCAAAAAUUGUGAAAAUUAUUUAUUUGCCCACCCUUAACUUUACAAAUCGGUUUGAGUUUCUUUCUGCUGUUGAACACAAAAAGAAGAUAUUUUGAAAAAUGUUGAAAACCGGUAACCAUUGACUUCCAUAGUAUUUGUUUUUCCUACAAUGGAAGUCAGUUGGUAACCAACAUUGUCCAAAAUAUCUUCAUUUGUGUUGAUAUAAAGGUUUGGAACAGCUUGAAGUUGAGUUAAUAGUGACUAAAUAUUAAUCUUGUGGUGAACUAUCCCUUUAACCACCCUAUUAAGUGCCUACUACUUCAUUCCCCGAAAGCUUUGACUUUCACUGAAAUCUUGGGUGGAGAUAUGAAACAGCUGAACAGUGAUGUAAAUAAUAAAGUAUAUAGAUAAUUAAAUAGAUUACUUACUAGAAAAUAUUUUGGAAGAAAAUCUCAGUAUUAUCAGUGCAAUGCAAUCUAUGCAAUAAAACAAAAGACAAAUAUUAGCACACUCACUUUGGUGGCACAACACUGUAUGAUUUUUACUGUAGCUGAUUAUAUUGCACAUGUACUGUCUGUCAAUCAGGAAAGGCUGAUUGCUUUCACUUUAUUAUUAUGGUAUGUAUAAAGAAUGAUUGUUCAUCUCUGGACUCUAAACAGGCCUCUAAUCAUGAUUUUUAUCGAGCUGCGUUGAGUGGCGACUGAUCUGUAAAAGAAAUGCCUUUAUUUUGAUAGGUGGAGCACGAAACUGGAUUAAAAUAUCUGUGGAAA